AUGGACGGAUCUCGCAUCCACCCGGCCAAUUUCCGGGAAAUCUACACAAAAGCCUGCGAAACCUUCACCCACAAGCUCCAAUGCCAAGUCUUCGUCCUCCUGAGCCAAUCCCCCAGCCCUGAUAUGGAGAACAUCCCGACACGGCUGGAGGAGCUCGGCGAGCGCAUCAUCCAGAUUGGAUUCCUGGGCGAAAUUGGCGAAUUCGGGAUCCGGGAUGAUAACCGCGUGCGUGUGCGCUGGAAUCCCCUUUCUAUUAAGGAGAUUUGCUUUUCGAUUAAGUGGGAACUGGGUGUUCUUAAGGAUGAGCUUGCUGGUGGUGGAGAUCCGUUGAUUGUCGCGGAUCUUCUUGUGCAUCUUUUGGAUGCGUUGCCUUUUUGA